AUGCUAUUGGAUGCUAUGGUCGGACAAGAUCGGGACCAUAGCCCAAAAGUGGUGGACCUUGCCAGCAUCCACGAAAUUCCGGGAAAUAUGCCUGCUCCAAAGGACUCAAAAAAGCAGACCGACCUAAACGGUCAAACGGGUGCCAAUGGCAACAUUCCGCCCCCUAAAACAGACAAGCCUCGGCCCCACGUCUGCACCACCUGCGGUCGCUCGUUCGCGCGAUUGGAGCACCUCAAGCGCCAUGAGCGCUCGCACACAAAGGAGAAGCCAUUCGAGUGUCCGGACUGCGCGCGGUGCUUCGCUCGGCGCGAUCUGCUCCUGCGACACCAGCAGAAGCUACACAUGACCACCACGCCGUCUUCUCGACCGAGAAACGGCCGCCGUGAGAGCACCGGCGCCGCCCCCGGUGCUAAUCGGGUUCGUAAGAAUUCCAUCGCCAACAAUAGUUCAGCUUCUUCGAUGCGCCCGAGAGCCAACACCAUCAGCCAUGUUGAUGGGGCGGCCUUGGGUAUACCCGGUGCCGGUAAUCCAUCAUCUGCGCCCACUCAAUCGGGCCACGCAUAUCAUCCCAGCCUUAGUUCUUCAGUUGGCUCAAGCAUGGACUAUAGAGGAUUUGGUUCUGGACACCCUUCGAUGAACAGCCUUUCGAAAAUCGAAACUUCCGGACUUCCCAUGGACAUGUCCGGAGGACUGCGGACUGCUCCCGUGUAUGGAAGCUUUGAUACGGGAAUCGAUGGCAUGCUGAUGGGUCACGGUAGCACCAUCAACCCGGCGCAAUUACACUUCGCAGGAUCCCCGCAAGGCUUCAACGAUUCUCCCUCGUCCCCUUUCGGUCACUAUCACAAUGGACUUCCACCCUCUGCGGAUCCCAUGAUGGAUGAAGAGAUGCACUUUGACUGGAUGAAUGGGUUUGACGCAGGCGUGGUUAUGGGAAAUGGUAACGACUCGGUUAUCGACGAGUCCUCACCAUCAGCAAUGAGCACGGGUAGCCAGAGUGGAAUCAGCGAGGCCAUGUUGGAUGGUCCGAAUCGCAUCCCCAUCUCUAACGGUUGGCACAACCCGUUCCCUGCUCACCACCCGGCCAACCAGUUCGCGAUCGAUUUUUCCCCGACGACGUUGAAUGAUCUGGGGAUCCCCCCGGAGACAGUGUCACCUAAGUCUUUAAUGACCCAGAAUCCGUUUUCUGAGUUUUCUGAGACGUAUGCUACACCUCCAUCUAUGACCUCGGUCGGCCAGCCCAUCAUGGGAGGACAUUCGCAGAGUAUGUUUUCCUCUCUGGCAACAAACGGAGAAUCUCCUAAUCCUCUCAACGUUCCUUUCCCGAAUAGUGCCCUACGAAAUGAACAUUCACCAAUCUCAACGGAUACAUUUACAGACUCCACACGACAGGCUCUAUUAGCGAGCAUGUCGACUCCCACUGGCUUCAAUCAUCGCAAGUAUUCCCAACCCGCAAGUGGACUUCUAAACAGUCGCGAGUUGUUCGCCCGCUCGACUGGCUUCAACAGCUCCGGUCAACUACCCAGCACCUCGGACUUGCAGCGCUACAUCUCGGCUUACAUCACCUACUUCCAUCCCCACAUCCCUUUUCUCCAUAUCCCCACCCUCAAUUUCCAAGCUCCUCAGUACACGAACAACCUGCGCACGCCAAGCGGACACCUCAAUCUCAGCUCGACCGGUGUCGCUGGAGGCGGGGGUUGCUUGAUCCUCUCCAUGGCAGCUAUCGGUGCCCUGUACGAACGCGAACCUGCCGCCUCCAAGGAUCUCUUCGACGCCGCAAAAAAGAUGAUCCAGUUGUACCUCGAAGAACGGCGAAAGGCAGACAUGUCUGCUGCUCUCAAUCGUUCAAACUCCUCCCGUGAUAGCUCCGUACACAACACCCCGCUUUGGUUAGUGCAGGCAAUGCUCUUGAAUGUGAUAUACGGCCACACUUGCGGUGACAAGACAUCGGCAGAUAUUGCUAGCACGCACUGUGCUGCCUUGGUUAGCCUAGCACGCGCAGCCGAAUUAACACAUCACCUGGAUCCCAACAACCUGCCGCAAGAUCAUCUCACUGCUGGUAGCAACGGAAAUAAUUCUCCUGGUGACUCGGAAAACUUGAUGUCUUCGUCAUUUAGUCAACCGAAAGAGCGCCGAGAUUGGCUGAAUUGGAAGGUUGUAGAGGAGCGGAAACGUACCCUCUACGCUAUCUUUGUUCUUUCCAGCUUUCUUGUUUCUGCCUACAACCAUGCACCUGCACUCACAAAUUCGGAAAUCCGCCUUGACCUUCCCUGUGACGAGGAUAUCUGGGCGGCUGAAACACCCCAGGUGUGGAAGCAGAUGGGGGGUCAAACAGCCUCGAAGAAGACUUUGUCAUUUUCAGCUGCUUUGACGUCUCUUCUGACUGCCAGCCAACGAGAGCAGAGUCAAUCGGCAAACUUGUUCUACAACUCCGACGAUCUGUCUAAUUCUGAAAACCGCCCAAGUACUUUCGGUUGCCUGGUACUCAUAUACUCGCUACACAACUAUAUAUGGGAAACUCGCCAAAGGCACAUGGGCCGACAAUGGACCGCCCAGGAGACCGAUGCUAUGCAAUCUCAUAUCGAGCCCGCUCUACGGGCAUGGCAAGCGGCAUGGGCCAGCAACCCUGUCCACAGCCUAGAGCGACCGAAUCCAUUCGGGGCUGGACCUUUGUCUGCAGACAGCAUCCCUCUUCUUGAUUUGGCCUAUGUUCGUCUGUUCGUCAACCUAGGCCGAUGCAAAGAGGCAUUCUGGCAACGCGAUUGGAAUGGUAUGGCGGAUGAGCUCGCACGCGGCACAGAGAUUUUCCAGCACCCAGAUGCUGCAAUGAACGACGUUGUUGAUCCAUCUCUUACGGGUCACGUUGAUGCAAGACGAGACUCCAUCGCCGAUCUAGGAGUAUCAGAUCUAGCCAUCUCCAAGACACCGACGCAAGAAGAGCCCAUGCAGACUCUCGCCAACAUCUACAAGAUCGGCCAAUCCAAGCGUGAAAAGCAUCUGCGCAAAGCAGCGUUCUAUGCAGCGGAUUCCAUCUCCAUGUCGGAUCGUCUUGGUAACACCUUUGCCGAAUUCUCGUCGCGCGAACUACCCAUCCAGUGUGCGUUGUGUGCUUUCGAUUGUGCACAGGUACUGGCGGAGUGGAUCACCACUGUUCAAGAACGGGUCGGUCCCUACCUUGGUAUCCUAGGCCGCGACAAUGUCGACUUGACUCAAGUACCUGGAGUCAUGCUGCUAGAAGACGAGGAUUGCAAGCUGGUGGAUAAGAUCAAGGAGAUCCUGGGGAGUAUUGAGAUGAAAAUGCAGCGCCAGUUCCAAAAUGGCAACUCCAUCUCUGCGCUGAGUGCUGUGCAACGACUACCCAGUCUUGUGGAAGGAGGAUACGGAUGUAAAAUAUUGAUUGCGACAGCCAGUCUCUUGGAACGAGCUGCUGUCUGGCCAGUGACGAAACUGAUGGCCCGUUCUCUGGAAGCCCAAGCCAUGCGAAUGAAGGAGCGUGCCGAGCACUCCGUGAUGAUGACCCCUUAA